CCCCUCGCGCUGCAGCAGCGGAUACCCCGCGGAAGUUGGUUUGUAGAGUGAGGACGGGAUGUUGUUAAUUUGUGUGAAAUAGUAAGAAACGCGUCGACGUUUUUCCUGUAGUUUUCCCGGACGGUUUGAUAUUCUGUUGCAGAAACAGAGGAACGGUUGUUGAUGCAAAAUGUUGGAGUGUGGCAUGCUGGAGAGAGACAGCCGGGCCCUUCGGAGACACUCUGCUACUCUCUGCAAACAGCUGGUGGUGGAUGCACUGCUCAUUCAGUCCUUACAGGCAGAGGACAUCCUGACAGAGAGCAUGGCAGAGAGCAUCAUGGCUGAGCAAACAUCUCAUAAACGAAGCUGGCGUUUACUCCUACUAUUACCAAAGCGAGGGCCCAGAGCCUUUAGCAGCUUCUGCUCAGCUCUGCGAGAAACUGAGCAGAAGCACCUGUGUGACCUGCUCACACAAACAGCAGAAAAAGAUGGCAAAGAGACAUAUGUAGAGAGUAUUCAGCCUGAGGAAGAGCCAGAGGGAAAAGCAGGGCAACUAGUGACACAGCCAACAGAAAGUAAGAGAGAGACAUCUUUAGGAGACAGAGAAGAAAAGAGUGAGGUGAGCAGCACUUCAUCAUGCCCAUCAGUCCAAGCCUCAGAUAACUGCCUGCGCUCAGAGUCCUCAGUGGGAUGGUUGGUCCCAGUCAGGGAGGAAGACAGGAAGACAGAGAGACAGAGGACGAAGAAAAGAGGAAGAGAUAAGCAGACAGAUAGGUUUGUGGACUCUCUCCCACUUCCCACCCAAGAAGGAAUUGCUGCCAAGAGAGCAAGGACACAUGAGUCCAUGGAGUUUAGUCUGGAUGCAGACAGUCCCAUCAACACUCCUGUGCUCCCGUGCACUCCUGACUUUUACCUCUCUCACUGCCAGCAGUCCUACAGAAUGAAUUCAUCCCCUCGUGGUUUUGCUUUGGUGAUCAGUAAUGUGACCUUUGAUCCUUGUGCUGCGCCUGACCUUGACCCGAGGAAGGGAGGUGAGGUGGAUGACGAGGUCCUCAGGAAGGUGUUCACAGAGCUGGACUACCUGGUUACAGUCCACAGAGACCUCACUGCUCAGGGCAUGAGGACGUGUAUUGAGACCUUUUGUCGACGGGCAGACCACCGGACAGUGGACAGCUGUGUGGUGUGUUUGCUCUCCCAUGGAGUGGAAGGAGCUAUAUAUGGUACAGACGGACAGCUCCUGCAGCUGGACUGGGUGUUUGAGGCCUUCGACAAUGCACACUGUCCCCUGCUUCAGAACAAGCCGAAGAUGUUUUUCAUCCAGGCCUGCCGAGGAGAUGAGAUGGACUGUGGCGUGGAGCAGAUAGAUGGGCCAGCAAGGACCUGCUCACCAAGCUGUGAACAGCGGGAUGCUGGGAGGGAAGGACAGGGGGAUGCAGACUCCAGACAGAGAGGGGACAUGGGUAGGCCCAGGAUUAAACUGCCCCAGCGGUCUGACAUGAUCUGUGGCUUCGCAUCUCUCAAAGGUCAGAGAAUUUGCACAGCAGCCAUGCGGAACACCAAGAGAGGAUCCUGGUUUAUCCAAGAACUUAACACAUCACUUCGCCUCAAUGCCAGAGACACACACCUUGCAGACAUAAUGGUGCAGGUCAACGGGCGCAUUAAGGAGCGGGAGGGUUACGCUCCUGGCACCGCCCACCAUCGCUGCAAAGAGAUGUCGGAGUUCACCAGCUCAUUGUGCAAAGACCUCUACCUUUUCCCCAAGUACCAGCCCCAGUAUUGAUAUCCAAAUAUGCACAUACACAGAUGAACACACACAGACCAUUCCUUACACUGAAGCCUCUCAAGAAACGACACACGACUGUUUAUUCCAAACAAUUACUGCCACACACUCACACAUUCCCCUGUUACAACCUCAUGUCCAAACAGAGGAUUUAUUCAUUCAUAUUUUCUGUGUAAAUACUGCCUCCUCAAACCCGCAGACACACACAUACACACGUACACAAAUACGCAAAUCUUGGAAAUGAAAAAGGAGCAAGCUUAUGUUAAUCUACAUGUACUCGGAAAUGGGCAGCGUUUUAGCAUACAACUCACUCAUGUAUCUGUGUGCCUGUGUCUAUGCCAGUUAGAGGGUUUAGAUGUUAAUCCGUUUUAGUCAAAGACAGAAUCAUAUUUUUUUGUUUUCUUACUGCACAGCAACUUUGAGGUUUCGCUCACUUUUUAAAAUGUAUUUUGUACACAGAUCUAUUUUUGUGGCCUUAUUUUGUAUGAAAUUGUUUUUAUAAGGAUUUUUAAGUCCAUUCUUUUUAUUUGUAUAUAAUGUUUGUUCUGAAUUGUGACCAUUUCUUGUUUUUAGUAUAGUGACAGGCAGGGGGCAGCACAGCAGAGACAAAUGCAUUUCAUCAUCUGUAUGUCAUAAAUAUUCAUAUCUUCUGCAGUUCAAAAGGGUCUAUACUGUCAUGAUUGCAGAUGGCUUUUAUUUUAGUUAUAGUCACCUACAGGGAUAAUUAAACUGUAAAAUCUUUGCAGCAGGUUCUGCCCGCUCUCAUUAGAGAAGUUAUUUUCCUCUCUCACGUAGUUUGCCUUAUGAAGUGAGAAAAACACCUACAGGGCAGCUACAAAACUGUUUGUUUGUUUGUGGCUUUCCAACCAUUCAGUGUGCUUAUGUGGUUGCAAACCCACAAACAAACAAACAAACAAAAGCAGCCUGAAUGAAAUUUUAACCUUAAAUUCACAAAGGAACUCACAAAUUUUACUUUAUAUGUUACUGUAGAUCUGUCCCUGUCGUGGUGGUGGGCUGCCAGGGGAAUGUGGUGCUACUUGUGGGGUCAUACACCUACAGUGUGAACUCUGACCUUUAUGGUAUCUCUGACUCCUUAUAGUGUUUCUCCCUGUGUGGGAGCCGCACAUUUAGUUAGUCCAUGUACAGUUUUCGUGGUAUUUUACUGUAUCUGGUACAGUAACGAUAAAACAUGUAUUUCUUAUGUCUUCCAUAAACAAUAUGCAGUUUUCUACAGUGACCUGUAACAUGUGACAAUGGUCUCUUAGAUGAAUUCAUUACCAUUGAGCUUUUACAGUGUAUUGUAUUGCUUUGGCAGCCUCACACACAGAGAAAAAUCUAUUUCUGAAGGCUUUGUGAGCAUUGAUGAUUCCCAGAAAGGCCCUGACUAGGCAAAGUGUGUUUAGUUACAACAGUGUUGUAGUGAAGAAAACAGAAUAUUUGGUCAAAACAGUAUUGAUUAACCAUCUGUAAACAAAGAUGCUUUCAAGCUCUGUGUGUGAGGUACUUGUGGUAGAGUUUACCUCGACCUGGAAGUAGUGCUCUCCUCUUUGUUUUAAGUAAUUGGGAAAAUAUAAUUUAAAAAAGAAAAACAUCCGAGUGGUAUGAAAGGGUAACUCUCCUGCAGGGUGAGAAGUUUUGAAGGUUUGAUAUUUGCUGCCAAGCUCUGCUGAGGUGCAGUGUGAGGGGGCUGGGAGAGAUUUUAUUUCUGUCAAUGCUAAUGACCAAAUGUGCUAUACAAUAAACAGGCCAUGGUUUUUAAACAAGAGAAA